CGGGGGACGCCAUCUUGGUGGUGCCGUGCCGGGAGCCGCGGGCAGCGGGGCUUCGCCGCCCAGCCUCUCCUGGUGGCCUGUCCGUUAAGUUGAUUUUACAGAAUUUAUCAGGUCUUCAAAGCAGAAACAGGUAAGCUGCAAAAAGCUUAACACUUCUCACUGAGUAUUGUGACAAGAUCAUGCAAGGCGUUUUUUUUCUCUCAGACUCGUGGCUGGGAAGUAGGAGAUGCUCUCCUGAGUGCAUGUGGCUGCUGCAGCUAAUGCUCUGACUACGUGAAAGAGACAAGAUUUUUGAACGCUGAGAAAACGUGUGUUAUUGAACAGAACUGGUCACUGGGUAGAGCAACUUGUCAAAGCAGUAGAGUCAUCACUGUUGGUGAAUUACUUCAUCCUCCAGUGACGUAGUUAUCCUUUUUCCUUUCUCAUUUUAUCACCUAGUAUUUUCUGUGCUACGAUCACAUGUCCUGUUCAAAAGUAAACAGGAAUUUUUUAAAUAUUUUUGUUAUUAUUCCUUAGGACUGGGCAGAGGUCUCUGGCAUACAGUAACUAUGCCGUGAAAGGCUUUAGGUGUUCUUUAGGUAUCAUGGAUGGUGAGGAAUGACUUAGGUGGAUUUUGUUGCCCUUAGGACAGGGAAUCGAUAGGCUUGUGCACGUGUGCUGGUGGAGUAGCAAAUAGUUUGACUAAUCAACUUUCAGUGAAUCUUGUUUUAAUCUUGUUCUUGUGACCUUGUGGGGGUUUCAGUACCUUCUCUCUUGAUUGAGACAAGGACAUUCAUUAAAAAGGCUCUAGCUUCUUAAGUGUUAAGAUACUGUAAUAGCUGAGUACUAAAGACGUGCUAUCAUGUGUACCUUUUUGUCUGCAGGUGAUUUUUGCUGUGGGUUGAGCUCAGCAUGGCUGUAGUCAUCCGUUUACAGGGGCUUCCUGUUGUUGCGGGUCCUCCAGAUAUUCGUCGUUUCUUCUUGGGAUUGAAUAUUCCUGAUGGAGGUGUUCAUAUUAUUGGAGGAGAGAUUGGGGAGGCUUUUAUUAUAUUUGCAACAGAUGAAGAUGCACGGCGUGCCAUGAGCUGUUCAGGAGGGUUUAUCAAGGACUCGCGCAUAGAGCUGUUUCUCAGCAGCAAGGCAGAGAUGCAGAGUACCAUAGAAAUGAGCCGGAAACGCUUUGACCGAGGGGGGCGAGAAACUAUGUCUGGCUCUAGAAGAACAGGUGCUAAUGGUUCUGGUGCAUCGGGUGUUGGAGACGUUCCACAUUUAGUCCCGGCUUUUCCAAAAGGAAUAAGUAAACCUGGUUAUGGUCCACCAAAUCAUCCGGAGGCUGGUUUCCAUACCAAUGGCACGAGACAUGGUGAUAUAGGUAUGCCUAAAUCGAGCUAUCAGUCAAGAAAGGAUUCUCAUCCGUUUAACCCAGAUGAUCUUUAUUUAUUUCUCCGUGGUAUACCUUACUCUGCAACGGAAGAUGAAGUACGUGCUUUCCUUUCUGGGAUACAUGUGGAUGGAGUGAUUCUGAUAAAGCAUCGCAAUGGUUUAAACAAUGGUGAUUGCUUGGUAAAAUUUGCCACGCCUGGUGAUGCCUUAGAAGGACUUAAACGUCACAGACAAUACAUGGGUCCGAGGUUCAUAGAAAUUAGCCCAUCUACAGAGGAACGGUGGAUUGAAUAUGGUGGCAGGGUAGACAUGCCAAAUGAAAUGGAUCGUUUUUUCGGCGAAGACCGGUCCCCAAGAAGUUCAGGUUACAUGCAUUCAAGGAAGCAUUCUCAUUCGAGAUCCCCAAGGAGACAAAGAACACGUUCUCGUUCACCUCCCAGCCAGGAGUAUUACAUACACUUAAGAAAUCUGUCUACUAACGUGGAGAAGAGAGAUUUGAGAGCUUUUUUUCCUGAUCUGGAUAUAUGCAGCAAACAAAUCAAGCUUCUAACAGAUAAGCAUCAGAGGAGGACUAGAGAUGCCUUUGUGAUGUUGAGGAGCGAGAGAGAUUAUCAGGCUGCUUUGGAAUGUCAUAGGAAGGUUCUUCUCAACCGUCCUGUUUACAUUUUUCCAAUUUCAAAAAAGUCAAUGUUGAAAAUAAUUGAUUCUUGUGAGAGGAAAAGAUCGCAGGACAGAGAUCAUCCUGGACAGGCCAUACCAGACAAAGGUUACCGGGAAGGUCAUUCCGGCCCUAAGAUGUGUGUUUAUGUAAGGAAUUUUCCAUUUGAUGUGUCAAAAAUUGAAGUGCAAAAGUUCUUUGCAAGAUUUGAUAUUGAUGAAGAUGAUAUUUACUUGCUCUAUGAUGACAAAGGAGUUGGGCUGGGAGAAGCAUUAGUGAAGUUUAAAUCUGAAGAACAAGCCAUGAAAGCAGAAAAUUUAAAUCGUCGAAGGUUCUUGGGAACAGAGGUAUUAAUAAGACUUAUAUCUGAAGAGCAGAUGCAGAAGUUUGGUGUAAAUGUACCGUUGUCUGCACCAAAUGAAAUUCAGGGUCAUUCACAUCCGUAUGACAGAGGUGACCUUUCCCGGCCAGUUGGUUCACCAUCUGGGCCACCACAAGGGCCACCCAUGCAUUCAUUUGGUCCCCCUGGGAACUUCAGGCAUCCUUCUGAAUUUAGGCACCCCCCUGAGGACUUCAUGUGCCCUCCUAAGGAUUUUAGAGGUCCGCCACCCCUCAUGGAUUUCGGUGGGGACGGUGAACCUUUUGGCAGAAUGGAGUUUGGGAAUAAUAAAAUGGGGAAUUUUCCUGAAGGAAGAUUUAUGCCGGAUCCAAAUUUCAGUGGUGGUUCUGAACGCGUUGUUCCUAUUCGAUUGAAAAAUCUACCUUUUAAAGCUACUCCUAAUGAGAUUCUGGAUUUUUUCUAUGGCUACAGAGUCAUACCAGAGUCAGUUUCUGUACAGUAUAAUGAACAAGGAUUACCUUCAGGUGAUGCCAUCGUUGCUAUGACAAACUAUGAGGAAGCUAUGGCUGCUAUCAAUGAACUGAAUGAUAGGCCAAUUGGUCCACGGAAAGUUAAGUUGAGCUUGCUGUAAAGGAGUAAAAGUUGCUCUAGAAUAAGACAUUCUAGAUUUGACAGUAUUGACAGUUAUUUUCACUUUUUUAAUUACUGGGUGAUGCAGAAAAAGCUGUUUCCAUCAACGGUUGUAAAUAGUUCAGUUGUUUAGCUCUUGGUUGAAAUAUCUGUAUGGUUAAGAUGCGAGAACUGUAUUGUGCCUGCUUCUUGUGGCAGAGAAGAACCCAGAAAUUCUGGAGGAUAUUGAAUGUCUUACAUCAAGAUAUAAAGGCAUGGAGUUGUAAUGCUUUGGGGUUUUUUUAGUUUGCUUUAAUUCCGUGUCCCAUGACUUUACAUCAAAUAAAAGUUUAAGUGCUGGUUGAUUGACCACACAAACGGUUCAAAUAGAAGAACUUCAGUGCUACCUGCAUUAGUAAAUAACACUUCUUACUGAGGUUAGCUUAAUAAAACUAAAAAAUGACUGAUUUUUUUUUUGUUAACUGUUCAGAUUUUUUUUUUUGUUUCAUGUGGUUGAAGGCAUUUCUAUUAAAAGAAGAAAAAAGAGCUUCCUGUUCACAUUAGCUGGCUUCGCAAUUUUUUUUUUAAAUAAAAAAGAAAUUGUCAUUAAA